AUUCUUAGCUCGUAGUCACAUUUUAAAAUUUCAAUCGCUCCACACAUUCAGUAUACAGAUGUAAAUAUCGUAUUUGUUAAUUGCUGCAGCUGCUAUGAUAUAUUUGUUAAUUCAUGUCAUGUUGUGCUUGAUAACUGCAUCGAUAUUUGGACAUGGUGGAGAAUUUUGAAAAAAAAUUCGAUUUUCAAACAAACAUACUAUUUGGUUUAAGAAAAACAUGUACAUUUGAUUACAGUAUGAGGCAGUCAACGCGCUUCAUGAUGUAUGCCGGGGUGAAGCGUCACAAUUCAUAGUCCAAUGUAUUUUCAAAAAUAAAAUUUAUUUCUUCUCUUUCCUUUAUGAAUUUAUGUAUUUUCUCAUGACGAACAUCCUCACGAAUAACACAAACACUUUUUUGUUAGGUACAAGUUGUUCAGACUGCGCAUGCCUCACUUCUUUUGGAUCAGCCAUUGGUGUUCAAACUCUUACUGUUAAUAGUCAACCGUUGGAAGUGCAGUGUUAUUCUGGGACACAUUCGUGGACUGUUAUACAGAGAAGAGUGGAUGGAUCUGUAGCAUUUAACAGAGAUUGGGUAGCAUACAAAAAUGGAUUUGGUUCUCUUUCCUCGGAGUUUUGGCUUGGAAACGACAACAUUCAUCAAUUGACCAACAGCGGUCUGACUUACCUGCGGAUUGAUCUCAUGGAUAACGCUGGAGUGUGGAAGUAUGCAGAAUAUAGUACCUUUACUGUAGACAAUGAAGCCAAUCAGUACAGACUCAAUAUUUCCGGGUAUUCUGGUGACGCAGGAGACAGCAUGGCAUAUCAUGAUGGCAUGCUUUUUAGUACCUAUGAUAGAGACAACGAUCUGUGGACUAACAACUGUGCCUUGAACAGGUUAGGUGGAUGGUGGUACAAAAAUUGUCAUGAGGCGAACCUCAACGGAGAAUACGGUAACACCGACUAUUCCAAUGGUAUCAACUGGAAUGCAUGGCAUGGUUUUUACUACUCCAUGACAGAAGUCAGGAUGAUGAUUCGUAAACCCUAGGCGUGACCAUUCCUUCGAAGAAAGUUUCCUUCUAGAGACAUAGAAAUACUGAUAAUAACAAGAGUUUGCAGUUGUAAAACUAUUUACAAAAUGUCGGUCCUCUCUUCACACACAAUAGCUUAUAGAAUACAUCCGUAUAUGUCCUAGAGAGUAUGCGGUCUAAAUGAACUGAUGUGUAGCAAUGAAGAAGUGUGGAUAACCUAUGGGAUCGGAGUUAGUUUUAGUCUUUACAGAAAGCUCAAUCCUUAUUAGUUCCAGUUGAUCAAUGACUUUAGGCCAAACAAAUGCAAUAGGUUUUUCUUACACAUUUCGGAUAUAGGAGGGAACAUUUAAAAGAUCUCUGACCUCGAUGUAGCAUGAUGCUUCUACGCAUUUUAAGUUCGUUAUUUCCUAAUGAUAUUUCAUAAUUUUGUGAACUAUAAUUCUGCUUCAGACAAAAAUGUGGGAUUUUUUAAAAUGUAAACAUACACCUCUGUUUUUGUAUGUCUGACAUCUUGAAAAAGGUGGCAACAUUAAAAAAUAGUGAAAAUAAUUUCUGUUGAUUAAAAAAUCUCCUGAACCAUUGGCGCAAAAAAGCGAAAAUUUGAGUUAUUAAAUUUGUUCAAACCACAAACCUUGGGACGAGAUUUGGGCCAUAAUGAUGUUUUUAAGUUUUAAAGGUAUCAAUCUUCUCCUUUAGAGAACUUAUAUCAUGAAUAAUAAUAUAUGUAGGUAUAAACCUUCUUUAA